CUCCAAAUCGCCUCCAUCUUCAUCGAAGUGAUGCGCCAUCGAUAUUACGCCCCAACAACCCUUGGAACGAAUGCGCUAUAGUGGCUGAAGUGAGGCGUCAAUUGUGUCUUUAGUGCUUGCAUAACUACCCCCCCUCAGCAGUCAGUCAGCACACGUGAACACUGAGACAUGCAGAGAACCGGUGUAACGCCGACCCAAAAUGCGGUACCUUUUUUCUCGUCGUCCUUCCUCGGCAGCAACAACGCAGUCUCUUCCUCCAGCAAAUCGCGCCCAAGAACGAGUUCGGGAGAUCGCGACGAGGGUGGCUUCUCCGGCACGACGACAGCAGCAGUCGAGUCUAGGCAGCCGAACGUGUUGCACAAAGACCGAGACCGAGAUCGAGACCGAGAUCGCAGGCCCUCCUUUAGCCUUAGGCCCGCGUUUGGCUCGCCGAGUAAAGGGAAGCGCAGGGCCAACUCAUCUGGGUCAGUCAGUGGCCCCGCUGGUGCCCUCCAGAUAGUCACCGACAGCACAGCUCCUCCGGCGCUGCCCGACUUUGCCCUUGCCGCCGCCGCCAAGGUGUCCCGCGAGACCGACGUCAUCCAGUCGCCCGCGUCAAUCGAUUCAUUCUCCAAGAUGCUUAGCCGUACGGCUCCGACGCCAGUCAAUGGCUACUCGGCCAACCCCCAGCUGGCACCACCAGCAGCCGUGGGCACUGGCCAGCCGAGCGAGUCAAGUCUCGUCCAUCUGCAUAUCCAGGAGAUGGCAAACAAAAGGAUAUCAACACUAGACUACCUCCGAAAGGCCCACGAAGGCCGCGUCUACUGGUUCAACACCCUCCUCUUCGACAAGCCCGACCUGGCGCGCAUGCCCCACUUCGACAGCCGCAAGCUGGCCCGGCGCGCCACCAACUACCUGCUGCUGGGUCUCUCGCUGCCCACGGUGAUCGACCUCAACUCGUCGACCCCCCUCGAGUUCCUCCGCUGCCUCAACACCCUCCUCAGCGAGUUCGACGCCUUCCAGGCCCUGCACUCGGAGAACGGCUCCGCCUCCAGCUCGCUCUCGCGCGCCCGCCUGCCCCAGAUGUUCCGCCGCGCCACGCCGGGCUCCAAGGGCCGACGGACCAGCGACGUCGGCUACGCACUCGAGCCGACCGAGAGCAACGGCGGAGCCAAUAGCGCCGGUGGUGGGGGGUCGGCCCUCGGGGGAGGAGGCAUCGGAGGCGGAGGCGGCGGAACGGCGGCGGGGCCGGCGGCGGCGGCGGCGGCGGGGGCGAGCCUCGUGAGCUUCGCGGCGAGCGAGACCGACCUGCUGCCCGGGGAGGAGUACACGCACCUGCUGACGCCGAGCCUGCCGUUCGACCCGGACUUCUUCGAGACGUUUGCGACGCUGUGCGACAUGCUGAUCGACUGCUACACGCGGCUGCUCAGCCUGGUGCCGACGCCGAGGGAGUGCAGCGGGCCCGUGGCGGAGCUGUUCACAAAGGCGGACAGCAAGGUCCGGAAGAUCAUAGUCCAGGGCGUGGUCAAGGAGUUCGAGGACUCGAGCCGGGGCGGCGUCAAGACGGAGGUUGCUAAUGUCGGGAAGGUGGUGCUGGGGGGCCUUAUGUGAUCGUGGGGCUUCUACUACUACUGGCAGAACCUUUUGGUUCGGGAUAUGGUCUCAUGGAAUUGGCGUAUUCUGGGCGGUAAUCUACUCGGAAAGAUUUACAUAGUUCGGAGUUCAGAGCGGUGAUCUUGCAAAUACACUUAUAAUCCUGACAGUAACAUCUUGUUUUCACGAUGCAG